AAACAUCUAGCACUGCUGCUACUAGCUCUCCUGGAGCAGCACGCCUGACCCCCUUACAACUAACAGCCUCGCACGUGACACUCCUACCAUGAGCAGAUUCUCCCUCAAAGGCCGUACGGCACUCGUCACGGGCGGCGCACGAGGCUGUGGCCUUGCCUUCGCCGAAGGUCUCGCCGAAGCUGGUGCCGAUGUCGCCAUCUUCGACGUAAUUGACCCAGUCGAAGCUUUCUUCGACAUUGAGAAGAACUUUGGCGUCAAGACCAAGUACUACAAAGUCGACGUAAGCAGCAUAGAAAGCCUGACCCAAGGCUUCGAGUCGUUCAAAACCGACUUUGGCGGCAAACUGGACAUCUGCGUGCCCACCGCUGGUAUCAACAAGAACCUUGCAUUCCUUGAUACAUCGUUCGAGGCUCACCAGCAGCUUCUGAGCGUGAAUGUCAUGGGAGUGUACCACACCGCCCAAUUCGCUGCUAAGCAGAUGAUUGAGAACAAGACUCAGUGCGGAAGUAUUAUCCUGGUCGCGAGUAUUGCUAGUUACAUGGCUAUUCGCAGCCAGAUGAGCAGUGCGUACUGUGGAACUAAGGGUGCGGUGAGGGCCAUGUGUCCUGCCAUUGCGGCUGAGUUGGUGCCUCAUGGAAUCAGAGUCAACUCGAUAUCGCCUGGAUACGUCAAGACGGAGAUGACGGCGCCGUUCCCUCACUUAUUGGAGAGUUGGAAGGAUGAGAUUAUGAACCGACGUGUCGCGCAGCCAGACGAUAUUCGAGGGGCUUGUGUGUUCUUGGCUAGUGAUGCCAGUCUGUACAUGACGGGACAGGAUGUUUGUGUCGAUGGUGGUGUCACCAAGUGGUAGUCCACAUAUAGCCAAGGAGGUCGUACUUCACUGAUCAUUGAGUAAGAAAUC